CAAUAAAUGAAUGGUUGAAUAAAUAAUAGUACAUCUGUGCUAUGGAAUCUUAUUCAACUAUUAAAUAGAGCACAUUAGAUCUCUAUGCAUUGAUUAAAAAAAGGUUCAUGAUAUUAUAUAUGUACAAAAAUGUUUAUAGGGAAUUGUAUUUAAUAUAAGUCUGCGUUACACAAAAAGGAAGGAAAACCUUAUAUGUGUGUGUCUAUGUACAAUACACACACACACAUAUAUAUUUGGUUGAAUAAAUAUAAAUGUAAAUGGAGGGAUUAAUGGGAAAGAAAAGACAGUAAGUUCUUUUAUUUAUACAUGCCUGUGUCACAUGCUAAAAUAAACAUGUAUUAUUUUUUAAAUUAAAAAACAAAAUGUAAAAGGAAAAUUAUUGAAUAGAAACUAUUCAUUUUGAUUCAAUUAUUGAAUAAAAACUAUCAAAUUAUCUGCCCUUUCAAACUUAACAUUUCUGAAUUUAAGCAGUAUCUGCUAUUUAAACCCAAACAGUAUCUGGAUUUGACCCCUGGAGAACAAAAAUAUAGCUUUGCUCAACACACUUUAUGUUUGCUCAGGUCCCAAGACUCUUAAAUACACUGGUGUGUAGAUUCAAAUUGUGGAUAAGCAAUCAUUUUUUAAAAUAUAAAAAUUAUUCUGCACAGUGUUCUGAACAGGGUUAUUUUGAGGCUAUAUUCAAGGGCCUCUGUGAUUUUGUUGCUAUAAUUCUAGAAAAUGGAGUGAGGACUAGUAAAGUGGUAGGCUAAUUAAAGCUGUGACAUUUCUCUGAGGCUCUGCUGCCUCAGGUAGGAUUGCUUGGUAACAGUUCUGAUUUGUCCAACUUAUCUUUCACUGUUAUGGAAAAACAAAGCUUACAGAGAAUUAGUAAAAUUCACCAUCAGUUUUUCAGUAGAUCUUUGUCUAAAGAGCAGGUAGAGGCUGCAUUUCUGAGAGAAUGUUUCUAACAAGGAAAAAAAUCAGUGUCAUAUUCCAAGUGUUAGUACACAAAGACUUUUGCUUACAUUUUUUUAUGAUCCCGAGAGGCUGAGUUCAGUUCUAUUGUAAAUGGUAGUUUAUGAACAGGAACCCACAAUUUUUUGACCAGAAAAUUGGAAAACCACCCAUAAUCAUUUCCAUGUGCCCAUCUCAUCUUCUGAGUGGCUAGUUUUUCUCCUUUGAAAAUGUAGCAAAGAAUUGAUUAUUCCCUUCCCAUCUGAUGCAUGCGUGCUAUACAGGUAAAUAACUCUCUUUACUCAACCACUGCUACAUUCGCUUCAUGCUCUUUUAGACGUUAUACAAAAAUGGAUUAAGCCUUUUUGCCUACUCCCAGAUUUACUCUGACUGGAAACAGGCUUUUGUGGAGCUACAGAAUUUGUACUUCAUCUGCUCAGCCAAUAAUUGGUCACAGCACAAGCCUGGUUAGAAAUAAGCAACAAGCUUCCCGUAUCCAUGAACAGAAAACAAGGUAGCGUGUGGAGCCUCUGAGAAACACACAUUUACUUUUGAAGAAAAGAAGCACCCGGCGACCAGUGAGCAACAUAUGUCUGAAAUCCAUUAUCCGACAGUUCUUUCCAGCCUUCCCAGGAAUGCUGGUCUGACUACCAAGCUUUGCUUUUGCUUCUGGCCUUCUGGAUAUAAUGAGUUUGCCAACCGGCUGUGAGUACCUAACUCUGGGGAAGGUGGCUCGAUUCCGAAGUCCUUCUGGUCAUGGAUCGCCUUUUGCAAUCAACAAGCCAAUUGAUAUUAAGCCGCAGAGGAGACGUUUUGACGUGGACAAUGGCACAUCUGUGGGACGAAGUCCCUUGGAUCCCAUGACUAGCCCAGGCUCUGGGCUAAUUCUCCAAGCAAAUUUUGUCCACAGUCAACGCCGAGAGUCCUUCCUGUAUCGAUCCGACAGCGAUUAUGACCUCUCUCCAAAGUCUAUGUCCCGGAACUCCUCCAUUGCUAGUGAUAUACAUGGAGAUGACUUGAUUGUGACUCCCUUUGCUCAGGUCUUGGCCAGCCUGCGAACUGUACGAAACAACUUUGCUGCGUUAACUAAUUUGCAAGAUCGAGCACCUAGCAAAAGAUCACCCAUGUGCAACCAACCAUCCAUCAACAAAGCCACUAUCACAGAGGAGGCCUACCAGAAACUGGCCAGCGAGACCCUGGAGGAGCUGGACUGGUGUCUGGACCAGCUAGAGACCCUACAGACCAGGCACUCUGUCAGUGAGAUGGCCUCCAACAAGUUUAAAAGGAUGCUUAAUCGGGAGCUCACCCAUCUCUCUGAAAUGAGCCGGUCUGGAAAUCAAGUGUCAGAGUACAUAUCAAACACAUUCUUAGAUAAGCAACAUGAAGUGGAAAUACCUUGUCCAACUCAGAAGGAAAAGGAGAAAAAGAAAAGACCAAUGUCUCAGAUCAGUGGAGUCAAGAAGCUGAUGCACAGCUCUAGCCUGACUAAUUCAAGUAUCCCAAGGUUUGGAGUUAAAACUGAACAAGAAGAUGUCCUUGCCAAGGAACUGGAAGAUGUGAACAAAUGGGGUCUUCAUGUUUUCAGAAUAGCAGAGUUGUCUGGGAACCGGCCCCUGACUGUUAUCAUGCACACCAUUUUCCAGGAACGGGAUUUAUUAAAAACGUUUAAGAUUCCAGUAGAUACUCUAAUUACGUAUCUCAUGACUCUUGAAGACCAUUACCAUGCUGAUGUGGCCUACCACAACAACAUCCAUGCUGCAGACGUCGUCCAGUCUACGCAUGUGCUGUUAUCGACACCCGCUUUGGAGGCUGUGUUUACAGAUUUGGAGAUUCUUGCAGCAAUUUUUGCCAGUGCAAUACAUGACGUAGAUCAUCCUGGUGUGUCAAAUCAAUUUCUGAUCAAUACGAAUUCUGAACUUGCCUUGAUGUACAAUGACUCCUCCGUCUUAGAGAACCAUCAUUUAGCUGUGGGCUUUAAGUUGCUUCAGGAAGAAAACUGUGACAUUUUCCAGAAUUUGACCAAAAAGCAAAGACAGUCGUUAAGGAAAAUGGUCAUUGAUAUUGUACUUGCGACAGACAUGUCAAAGCACAUGAAUCUCCUGGCUGAUUUGAAAACUAUGGUUGAAACUAAGAAAGUGACAAGUUCUGGAGUUCUCCUUCUUGACAAUUACUCUGACAGGAUUCAGGUCCUUCAGAACAUGGUGCAUUGUGCCGAUCUGAGCAACCCAACGAAACCUCUCCAGCUGUACCGCCAGUGGACGGACCGUAUCAUGGAGGAGUUUUUCCGCCAAGGAGACCGGGAGAGGGAGCGUGGCAUGGAGAUAAGUCCUAUGUGUGACAAGCACAAUGCGUCCGUGGAAAAAUCACAGGUGGGCUUCAUAGACUAUAUCGUUCAUCCUCUCUGGGAGACAUGGGCAGACCUCGUACAUCCUGAUGCCCAGGACAUUUUGGACACUUUGGAAGACAAUCGUGAAUGGUACCAGAGCACAAUCCCUCAGAGCCCCUCUCCUGCACCUGACGACCAAGAGGAGGGUCGGCAGGGUCAAACUGAGAAAUUUCAGUUUGAACUGACUUUAGAGGAAGAUGGCGAGUCAGACACAGAAAAGGACAGUGGGAGCCAAGUGGAAGAAGACACUAGCUGCAGUGACUCCAAGACUCUUUGUACUCAAGACUCGGAGUCUACUGAGAUUCCCCUUGAUGAACAAGUUGAAGAGGAGGCAGUGGGGGACGAAGAAAGCCAGCCUGAAGCUUGUGUAAUAGAUGAUCAUUCUCCUGACACGUAACAGUGCAAAUACUUUCAUGCCUUCUUUUUUUUUUUCUUUUGGUAGAAAAAUUGUUUCCAAAGUGCAUGUCACAUGCCACAACCACGGUCACACCUCACUGUCAUCUGCCAGGACGUUUGUUGAACAAAACUGACCUUGACUAUCCAGUCUGGCGCUCAGGAAUAUCGUAACCAGUUUUUUCACCUCCAUGUCAUCAGAGCAAAGUGGACAUCUUCGUGAACAGCAUUUUAAAAAGAUUUCAGCUUGGUAGAGCUGACAAAGCAGAUAAAGUCAAUUCCAAAAUGUUUUCAAGGGAGCAUGGCUCAUCGGACAGCCCCAAAAUUUGAUUGGAUUUGGGGUUUCUUUUUAUUUUAUUUGUUUGCAAUAUGUUCUGAAGGAGGAAGGCAUUUCAUCAAGUGAACUUAGUGGGUGAAGCAACAGAUAGAUCAAGAAACAGGACAUAGCAUAAAUCUGUUUCCAGAAGGAGGAAGAGCCACAGAAAUUGCAUAAUUUUCUAAUUUCAAGUCUUCCUGAUACAUAUGACUGAAUAGUGUGGUUCAGUGAGCUGCACUGCCCUCUGCAUUUUGUAUGAUAAUGUAAAACAGAUUUUUUGUAGAGCUUACUUUUAUUAUUAAAUGUACUGAGGUAUUAUAUUUAAAAAAGAAAACUAUGUUCAGAACUUCAUCUGCCACUGAUUAUUUUUUUUCUAAGGAGUAACUUGCAAGUUUUCAGUACAAAUCUGUGCUACACUGGAUAAAUCUAAUUUACAAAUUUUACUUGCACCAUAUAGUUCAUAGCAAUUAACUGAUUUGUAGUGAUUCGUUGUUUUAUAUACCAAUGACUUCCAUAUUUUAAAACAGAAAAACAGCUUUAUGUUGCAGGAAGCCCUUUUUGUAAGCUUUCAUUGACGUUUGCUUUCUGUUUCACUCUUCCAGAUAAGUGGAGCUGCUCUCCGCUGACAUUUUUUUUUUCCAUAGUGUGCAAAGUGAAAAUUUGUUCUCUGAUGUGCGUAAUGUCAAAUGUGUCUUAAUCAUCAGUUGGUGUUGUCCGAAGCAAGUGGGAGAUAUAUAAAUACCCAGUAGCUAAAAUGGUCAGUCUUUUUUAGGUCUUUUCCUACUUAGUGUCUUCUGAUAACUUUUUGCCGUGUCAGUAGGCGUGCAUUUCCCCAGUGCAUGUCUUUGUAAUAAUCCACGCAUUUCAUGCUCAUUUUAAUUGUUCUUACAGUUACAGUGAGAAAAAUUUUUUUUCCUCUUGUGCUGCUUUAUGAUUUAGCGCGUGUUUGAUCCUCUGUCCAUGGUUGCUAGAUGGGAUCUUACCAAAUACCACCAUUCAGAGGGAUGAAAGGAGCAGACAGGUAGGCAAGUCAGGGUCAGCAUUCAUUUCUACCAUGAGUGGUCUAUCAUGACCAGCUUUUAUUUACUCUUAGUUUACAAAGAAAAAUCCACGACUGACGGGGCAGUUUCUAAGAAUAUUAACAGAAUAUAUUAACAAACACCAGUGUAGCUCUCUUUGGUUUCAGUGAUUUCACCAUGAGAUUCAGAACUGUGUCGAAUCUGAGAAUUUUAAGUGCAGCAACUGCUCUUUUUUAAUGGACAGCUGUGUAAUUUGUAGGGACUGCUCUGUCACUCAUCCUUGAUUCCUAAGCAUGUCUUACAGAGGGGAACUACUUCUUGAAGCACACCAAGGGAAAGAAGAUGAUGCCACUGGCACCAGAGGGUUGGUAAAAAGACUUUGCCUAAAUAAAAAAUUAGAGAUCACUCUUGCCUGAUUUCAGCACCAGGAAUUGAACUGCAAUUUUAACGAUCAAGUCCCAGUUUUUACCUACUCAGAGCAGUUGGUUUCAUGAGGCAUUUAGUUUGGACUUUUCUUCUCAUAUCCGUUUUUAGUAAAGAGUUUACCUUCGCUGCAAAGAGUGUGGAUCCCAAAUAAUCAUUUUUCACACUGAUAUAUAAGAAUUGUAAUAGAGGGUAAAGGGGUAUCUGACCAAGUAAAAAAUAAUACAGCUGAGAAAAACUGCAAUCCUGCAAAACAUUUAUAAUGGGAACCUCCAAAGAGCCUUCUGGGGACUAGUCACUGAGUUAUCAGCCAGAGAAAUGACCCAAACUAAAGACAAUUCCUGUUUUAAUUCCCUGAGAUCCAACCAAAGUUGAGAGGAUUUGAUAGAAAAAUCAUAUCUUUAUGGCUCUGAUCUUUUACAUAGGGCAGGAUAGGAAUCAACUAAUUACUUAUCAGAUUUGCAACCUCUUUUCCCUGUAAAGAUCCAAAGUUAACCUUCCAGAUAAAUACCUACGUUUGACCAGGUGGUUUCACAAGAAACUUUUUUCUUUUUUUCCCCACAUUGCUACUUUCACUCUUAAUCUGACCCUGGGACCUUGUUUCUCUUUUCAUUGUAUUUGUCCCUGAAGAAGGUCUAAAAGGAAAGGAAAAGGAGUCUAGAGUUUAUUCCUCUUUCUAAAACAUCUUCAUUCUCCCUGGUCCCCCCACCCCAUACACUUGGUAUUUCCCCCACUGAGUGCCUAGAAUCUUAAUAAUGAGAAAAAAUUAAAAAGCAGCAAUAUGUCACUAACAAAUCCAAACCUGAAAGGGUUUAUAACUGCACUAAUAAAGAGAGGCGCCUUUUCCCAAUUUGUUGGUUUUUAAUGGUACCAUGUUGUAAAGUUACCCACCAAUGGACAAUCAAAUUGCAGAAAAGGCUUAAUAUCUAAGAGACAGGGACUAAUGCACUGUACAAUCUGUUUACCCUCGCCCUUCUCUUUCUCUUUCUCCUCUCAUUCUCCCUCCUCCUCUCUCUCCAAAGUGUGCUUCAGAAAUACACACUGCUUUAAAAAGAGCACCCUUUGACAAGUGGCUUUACGUUUCCUAAAAUGCCAUAAGAAAAUGCAAUAUCUGGGUACUGUAUGGGGAAAAAAAAAUGUCCAAGUUUGCAUAAAACCAGUGCAUUUCAGCUUGCAAGUUACUGAACACAAUAAUGGCUGUUUUAAUCUUAUUUUCUUUUACAUCAGUUUAAAAAAUUCACAAGAAAAUAAUGUAGGUAGAACAAAUUGCAGAUAAGGAAAGAAAAAAAAACUUGAAUGAAAUGGAUUUUACAGAAAGCUUUAUGAUAAUUUUGAAUGCAUUAUUUAUUUUUUGUGCCAUGCAUUUUUUUCUCACCAAAUGACCUUACCUGUAAUACAGUCUUGUUUGUCUGUUUACAACCGUGUAUUUAUUGCAAUGUACAUACUGUAAUGUUAAUUGUAAAUUAUCAGUUCUUAUUAAAACAUCAUCCCACAAUGGGAUGGUGUUGAUAUUAUUUGGAAACUCUUGGUGAGAGAAUGAAUGGUGUGUAUACAUACUCCUUGUACAUUUUUCUUUUCUCCUGUAAUAUAGUCUUGUCACCUUAGAGCUUGUUUAUGGAAGAUUGAAGAAAACUAUAAAAUACAUAAAGAUAUAUAAAUUUAAAAACAUAGCUGCAGGUCUUUGGUCCCAGGGCUGUGCCUUAACUUUAACCAAUAUUUUCUUCUGUUUUGCUGCAUUUGAAAGGAAGGUAAUGGUGGGACUAGGGCUGGGCAUUUUAUAUCCAGGCAUUCAGUUGAUUUAGAUUUCUGGGGACAGCUGGAUUUUACAAAACCAGAGACAACUCUGGAAGAUUUUAAGACCCUUUGGAGAUACAAGUUCUUAAGUUAUUUUUGCCAGGGAGCAGCAUCACACAUAUGAUAGUUACUUGCCAUCUGUUUAUCAGGAGCCUCUUCAGCUACUCACAUUUGAUUAGACUUUUUAUUUUAUUAUUUUAACACUCAAAAUCUCCUGGGGUAAUAUAUUUUUGUCCAGUGAUUUAUAAAGUCUUUUUUUAAAAUGUAUUUUUGGCUUCUGGAGCCACAGGUCACUUUCAUUGCUGAUCUGUUCAUCAGUUUCUGGACGUGUUAAAGAGCAUAUGAAAAAGGUAAUUUUUUAAACUCAACAUUUCUUCCAUUAAGAUAAACCAAAUACUACAUAUAUAUAUGUAAGCCCAUCUAGUUAAACUCAACAUUGUAGAUGACGCCAAUUCACAUAACAAAGGAUCUCCAUCCUCUAGCGUCUGUUUCUUCAAAAUUUUUAUCACUGUAGAAUUGUUAAAUUUAGCCUUAUACAAUGGCCAGUCUCUGAAAGCAUGAAAAAGUCCUCAGUGGAUAAUGUGGAAACAGCCUCCCACUGCUGCCCAGCCCUCAGAACAUAGGACUUAGCAAAAGGAAAGAUUCUUUUUCUAGGAAAAUGAGCCUCCUAUUAUUUUAUUUUAUUUUUUUGACACAAACUGUAGAUUUUAGCAGCCCUGGCCCAAAGGAAUUUGAUUACUUUUGUUUUAAACAGUACAAAGGGGACACUAUAAUUAACAACAACAAAAAAAAAUCCUUACUGAUUUUAGUUGUUUUUAAUUUUGUUUCUUUGAAUAUGUUUUCAAGAGUGGUAAAUUGUGUGUGAGCAUUACAAAUGAUGAUUCUUUUAGUGGUUUCUUAGCCUCUCUUAACAGCCCAUGGGGAUAGUACUGUACAUCAAUACCUUCAUAAGAAAUUUUUAUAUGCAAUGAAAAUAAAAGCAUGGGUUGAUUCUGCCUAUUUAUGACUUGGUCUUUUACAAAUAAAAAGAUUAAUUUGUUUUAAA